AUGAGCGUCUAUUUGGGAUUCGAAGCAAUUGAAGGUGCAUUUCUAUUUGAGGCAGCAAAUCAUUUGGGAAAACCAAUCCGCCAGGGUGCCAAUCCCUUCGCAUUGCCACACGACCGUAAAUUCAAUGGUGCGUAUGACUCACGAGUGUCUAACCUUUUCACUAUAAGCAGCGAGGAGGACGACGUGUUUGUUGACCUUGCUCAGGCAUAG